AUGCAAGCGAGUGGCCGGUGGAGGACCCUUGUUCGCCUGUACAAAAAGACCAAGGACCAUAAUGGCAAGUCUGGAAAUGACAAGAAAGACUUUCCAUUCUUCUCUGAAAUGGAGGAUAUCCUUGGCAAAGACCAUGCAGUUACGCCAACAUGUCUUCUGUCUAGCGCGUCUACAUCAACAGGUAAACCUUCUGAGGAAAUCCAACCCACUCCUAGUAAAAGAAAGCAUGAAUCAGAUUCAGAUGGAGAGAAUAGUUCAGCUUCAUCAUCAUGUACAAGUCAAAAGAAAAAGCGACGAACACAGUCAUCAGAAGUUAUUAUUGAGUUUUUAAGCACAUGUGAGCAGAAACAAGAGGAGAGAUACAAGAAAGAAAUGGAGCAGAGAGAAAAAAUGCACACUGACAGAAUGGCAAUGUUUAAAGCCCUUAUUGAAACAAUGAAAAAGUACAUAACUAUAUAG